GGGAGGUAUUUGGGAUUGGUCCAGGAUGAUGUGCGAGGCAGUUUCUCCGCUGUGGAAACUACAGGACUGGCCGUGAAAGUAGUGGCUUCUGGAGGUUUAGCGGUUCUUUUGGGUACGAUUUUCGGUACCACAGAAACCGCAGUGAGGAUAUUCUAAAUGUUCAGAAGAGGGAAGCUUUAGGGAUGACGGAGGAUGUGGAUAAAGCAGCGCUGUUGGAGGAGGAGGAGGAGGAGGAGGAGAAGAAACCAGUUAAUAAUCGCGAUACGGGACAUCAAACCGGAGAAACACGGCGCACCUGGGCUUUAUGGACUUUGUUCAUGAUCGCGUGCGUUCCGGUAAUCGGUGCUGGGAUCCAGUAUAUUAGAAACACCCAGCUCUCCGGGCGUCACGAAGCAGCACUGAAGACCCUAGGAACUGAAGGACUUUUCCUCUUCUCGUCUCUGGAUGUGGAUCAUGACCUCCACCUCAGUCCCGAGGAGUUCAAACCCAUCGCUGAGAAACUCACAGGUGUCGCUCCUCCUGCCGAGUUCGAAGAAGAGUUCGUGGCUGACCCGAACGGAGAGACCCUCACGCUUCAGGCGGUCAUGCAGCCGCUUCUGCUCGAGACCAUGACCAAGAGCAAGGACGGAUUUCUCGGGGUCUCCCACAGUGCUCUGAACGGUCUGCGUUCGUGGAAGAGUCCCGCUGUUCCGUCCUCCAGCUUCUCCGCCGCUCAGUUCCGGAUCUUUCUGCCCCCGAAGGAUAAAGGAGUGCCGGGGGACACGUGGUGGAUCAUCCCGAGCGAGCUGAACAUCUUCACUGGAUAUCUGCCCAACAAUCGGUACCACCCGCCCUCCCCCCGCGGCAAAGAGGUUCUGGUCCACACUCUGCUCAGCAUGUUUCAUCCUCGGCCCUUCAUCAAAUCCCGCUUCGCUCCUCAGGGAGCCGUGGCCUGCGUGCGAGCGGUCAGCGACUUUUACUACGACGUCGUGUUCAGGAUCCACGCCGAGUUCCAGCUGAACGACGUUCCUGAUUUCCCCUUCUGGUUCACACCCGGUCAGUUCGCCGGACACGUGGUGCUGUCCAAGGACGCUUCUCACGUCCGAGACUUCCACCUGUACGUCCCCAAUGACAAAUCUCUGAAUGUUGAUAUGGAGUGGCUGUAUGGUGCCAGCGAGAGCAGCAGCAUGGAAGUGGACAUCGGCUACCUGCCACAGAUGGAGUUGCGAGCGGCCGGCCCGUCCACGCCCUCUGUGAUCUAUGAUGAGCAGGGAAAUGUGAUUGACAGCCAGACGGAGGGAGGAGAACCCAUCCAGUUUGUGUUCGAGGAGAUCCACUGGAGCUCCGAGAUCAGCCGAGGCGAGGCAGCCGAUCGCCUUGAGGUCACCUUUUACCCUUUUAAAAAGGUGCCGUACGUGCCGUUCCCAGAGGCCUUCAGCAGGGCAGAAGCAGAGGGCAAACUGGUUCACUCCAUCCUCCUCUGGGGAGCGCUGGACGAUCAGUCUUGCUGAGGUUCGGGGCGAACUCUCCGGGAGACAGUCCUGGAAAGUUCGCCCGUCCUGGCCUUGCUCAACCAGAGCUUCAUCAGCAGCUGGUCUCUCGUCAAAGAGCUGGAGGACCUGCAGGCCGAUGAGAAGAAUCCGGAGUUGAGUCAGAAGGCACGUUUACACCUAGAGCAGUACAGCUUUCCUGUGGAAAUGAUGGUGGUGUUGCCGAACGGGACCGUGGUUCACCACAUCAACGCUAACAACUUUCUGGACCAGACGUCCGUGAAGCCGGAGGAGGACGAGUCUGGGAUGGGGUUCAGCUUCUCGGGCGGGUUCGAGGAUCCGUCCACCUCCACGUACGUCCGCUUCCUGAAGGAGGGACUGGACAAGGCCAAAGCUUACCUCUAAUCAUAAUCAUCAUCAUCACACACACACACACCUCAUGGUUUAAUAGCUAAACUCGUUUAGGUCUCGCUUCACACACAUGCACGUCCUGGACCUGGUGCUGCACUGAAUUCUGGCAAUUUCUCUCCUGUCUUGUAGCGAGUGACUGCAGAUUUUUUUCUACACCUGACGAAGGAAACACUUGAGCUAGUUAUUCUGAAAUUUUAUACAGAUAAAAAUGAUUAUGUAGCAAGAACCUGAGACUAAACGACAGAAAACAAUCUACUUUCAGCCGGUUUCAUGUUAAAAUUAUUCUAGAAAGUUCUCUGAAAGCUACACACGCUUCUCUUCUGCAUGCAUUUCAAGCUGAAGUACACUUCUAGCGUUAGUGUUAGCAUUCCGUACAUUAGGCUACAUCAGGUAGCAUUCAGAGUCCAACAUCAUCUAAGCUCAUUAUAAAGAAGGCAGUCUUCUUUCUUCGAUCAGCUCGAGGAGAAGACGUCGUAUGAGAGUAACGAUUCAGAUAAAUCUCUCACGUUUGUAGCACAUCGGCGUCUGCCAUCACGGGUGGCUUGGCCGCGUCUCGGCAUGCGUACGAUGGUUACGUCUCGAACGGCAAAACCGGCUGGAAGGUCACAUGGUGUCGAGUUGGACAGUGUGGCAAAAUAUUUUUACAAAUCUUUAGACACUCUUUACAAUGCUGGAGUUAAUACGGAUAAACGGCGGGUGUCGUUUCGGGGGGUUGUAUAUUUAAAAGGACAACAGUUUUUCACUCGGGGAUUUCCCAGAAUGCCAUGCAAAUAUGAAUUAUUUUUGAGUUGUUUUUAUGGACGAUGGUACACCAGAAGCUGUUCAGUGUGUUCAGUGAAGGAAGUGUGUGUGGGUCUGUGUGUGGAUGGGUGUGCAGGCAUGGAUGUGUGUGUGUGUGUGUCUAUAGGUAGGGGUGUGUGGGUAUGGGUGUGGGUGUGGAUGGGUGUGCAUGCAUGGUUGUGGAUGGGUGUGUGGAUGGAUGCGUGUGUGUAUGGAUGUUAGGUGUGUGUAUGUGGAUGGGUGGGUGUGUGUGUGUGUGUGUGUGUGACCUUGGAUGGAGCAGUUUGUGAUGGUCUGCUCUGAAAGCUUGCUGUAGUUGGACCAGACCUGAUGUCUUUGUUCCAGUCCAGAAACACACACACACACACAGCACAAUAACACACACACACACAGCACAAUAACACAAACACACUUAGCCAUACCACAUUGCCAAGCACACACACACACACUCAGAGAGCUCAGUGGAUCGUCUCGCCUUGUGUUCAUGAUCAGUAUUAAACUAUGCAAAAUAAUUUCCCGGAGAUUUUGGGUUUAAAGCCUCUCUGCUUUCUUUAUGUUUAUGGAACCGAUUUAAACCCGGUGUUAUUCGAGAGAAAGAAUUUAUUUAUCCCAGUUAAUCAAUCUGACGAGCAUAUUAUAUUAAAAAACAAAACAAACGCCACUUUAUAGACCAUGUUAAAGGCGAUCAGAGGAAGUUCUGAGGUGAACAGAGCGUUUGAGUUACAGUACCAUGGACUAGAAGAUGCUGGACGUUUGCUUCUGUAGAUUUGCACUGGAGCUAUGAGGCUAACGCGAGCUAACGGCUUCUGAAGCUACGAGUCUAGAACUUUCUCAACUUUUCAUCAGAUUCUAACAUCCAGCUUUCAAUAUUUAUCAAACAAUUUGUUCAUAAAUUAAUUCAGGUUAUUUGUGUGUAUAUAUAUAUUCUCCUGCCAAAUUAAAUUAUUUGUUAUACAAAAAUUUAAGGCAAAUUUUCAUGAAAUGUCCCAAAAAUUAAGACCAAUCAGACCAGUCUUUCAAUUAGAGCAAAAGUAAUGGCACCCUGUACAGAGGAGGAAGAGUUAGCAUUUGUUUCUGGUAGCCGAGACGCCGCAGUGGCCAAGCUGCGUUAUUGGAAUAUUUUGAAAUUUAUUUUUUUAGUUGCUAUUUGCCUGAUUUCAGCUCUCUGGAAACAUCUUGAGCUAAAUUAUAAAUCAGGUGUGUGGUGAAGACGUUCAGUCGUUUGUUUCAGAUUAGCACCUAGCACACGUUUUAUUUAUUUAUUUUUCAUCUUUAAUUUUUGGGAUUUUUUUUUAAUGCAAUUUUGAGGUUAUUUGUCCUACAAAAAAUUUAUGACAAAAUUAAGAACAAUCCAAGAUGGCCACCGUGUUUAGCUACCUAGAAGCUUAGUAGUUUGGUUCAUGUUUAUGGCUGUACAGGAAGUUGAACUCCUGCUGUCCUAAAUCACCUGAGCGACAUUUUUGAAGACCUGGAUGUGAUCUGAGGAGAACAUUUCUAGCUAGAAUUAAUAAAUAUAAAUAAAUUAAAUGACCAUAUUAUUUAUUAUAUCAAUUAAAGCAAUUAAUUUAUUUUAAUUAAAUUUAAAUAGAAUUAAUAUUAAUAACUAAAUCAAUAUUAAGAUAACAAUAAUGUACAAAUAAUGCUAAAUAUUUAUUAUUACAAAAAUAUUAUAAAAGUAAAGCUUUAUUACUACAAAAGUAUUUGAAAAAUGAUUACAAAAAUAAAGCUUUAUUACUACAAAAUUAUCUGAAAAAUUAUUACAAAAAUAAAACUUUAUUGCUACAGAAUUAUUUAAAAACAUUAUUACAUAAAUAAAGCUUUAUUACUACAAAAUUAUCUGAAAAAUUAUUACAAAAAUAAAACUUUAUUGCUACAGAAUUAUUUAAAAACAUUAUUACAUAAAUAAAGCUUUAUUACUACAAAAUUAUUUGAACAAUUAUUACAAAAAUAAAGCUUUUGAACUGCCACAGCAUCGAACCUGAGUGACCUUUCCGAAGACCUGGAUGUGAUCUGAGGAGACAAUUUAGCUACGUUAGCAUCGUAGCAUCGGUGCAAACAGGAGCAAGCGUCCAAACGUUUACGGCGAAUGUCAAACUGUGCAUAUUUGUUUUAUUUGAAGUGUCAUGUCGACCGUAUGAAUUCUUUCCCUGUACGAUGUUUAUCAUGGAGUAAAAUGACUGAACCCGAAAAUAAAGACCUUUUUCUACUUGUU